GCGACACGUGAGGCUCCCGCAAUCAGGAAAGGCUGGGAGUCAUUGCGAUCAGAGGCGGCUGUCUCAGAACUGCUUGGCCCCGCCGGGAGGAGGCGCCACUCGCGAUUGCAGGUGCCCGCGCUGGGGCAGCGAUUCAACCUCACUCCGGUUGGCCGAGGAGGAAAAGGAGAAGGAAAGGGCCGGGCCGGGUCCCCGCCCCUCGCGCCCCGGAUGGAUGUGCCUGGCCCGGUGACACGACGGGCGGCGGCGGCGGCGGCCACAAUGCUCCUGCGCACGGCUCGGGUCCCGCGCGAGUGCUGGUUCGUGCCCACCGCGCUGCUCUGCGCCUACGGCUUCUUCGCCAGCCUCAGGCCGUCCGAGCCCUUCCUGACCCCCUACCUGCUGGGGCCCGACAAGAACCUGACGGAGAGGGAGGUCUUCAAUGAAAUAUAUCCAGUAUGGACUUACUCUUACCUGGUGCUGUUGUUUCCUGUGUUCCUUGCCACAGACUUCCUCCGUUAUAAACCUGUUGUUCUGCUGCAGGGACUCAGCCUUAUUGUUACGUGGUUCAUGCUGCUCUAUGCCCAGGGACUGCUGGCCAUUCAGUUCUUGGAAUUCUUCUAUGGCAUCGCCACCGCCACUGAAAUUGCCUAUUACUCCUACAUCUACAGUGUGGUAGACCUGAGCAUGUACCAGAAAGUCACGAGUUACUGUCGAAGUGCCACCUUGGUGGGCUUCACAGUGGGCUCUCUCCUAGGGCAGAUCCUCGUCUCAGUGGCAGGCUGGUCCCUAUUCAGCCUGAAUGUCAUCUCUCUUACCUGUGUUUCUGUGGCUUUCGCUGUGGCCUGGUUUCUGCCUAUGCCACAGAAGAGUCUUUUCUUUCACCACGUUCCUCCCUCCUGCCGGGGAGCAAAUGGCGUCAAGGUACACAGUGGUGGCAUUGCUACUGAUACCUCAGCUUCUAACCACCUUCCGCAGUGGGAAGACGUUGAAUCAAAAAUCCCUCUAAAUACAGAGGAGCCUCCCAUGGAAGAACAGGAAUCCAAGCCAGACCGUCUCCUCGUGCUGAAGGUCCUGUGGAAUGAUUUCCUGGUGUGCUACUCUUCUCGCCCUCUGCUCUGCUGGUCUGUGUGGUGGGCCCUCUCCACCUGCGGCUAUUUUCAAGUCGUGAACUAUGCACAGGGCCUGUGGGAGCAGGUGAUGCCUUCUCGUCAUGCUGCCAUCUAUAACGGCGGCGUGGAGGCCGUUUCAACCUUACUGGGUGCUGUUGCUGUGUUUGCAGUUGGUUACAUAAAAAUAUCCUGGUCCACUUGGGGAGAAUUGACAUUGUCUCUGUUUUCUCUCCUGAUUGCUGCUGCGGUGUACAUCAUGGACACCGUGGGUAACAUUUGGGUGUGCUACGCAUCCUACGUUGUCUUCAGAAUCAUCUACAUGUUACUCAUCACUAUAGCAACUUUCCAGAUUGCUGCAAACCUCAGCAUGGAGCGCUAUGCCCUAGUGUUUGGUGUAAAUACCUUCAUCGCUCUGGCACUGCAGACUCUGCUCACUCUAAUUGUGGUAGAUGCCAGUGGCCUUGGCUUGGAAAUUACCACUCAAUUCUUCAUCUAUGCUGGUUAUUUUGCACUCAUCGCUGUGGUUUUCCUGUCUAAUGGUGCAGUCAAUAUUUUGAAGAAAUACAGAAAGCCCGAAGAUCCAGAAUCAAGUACUCAAGUGACCACUUCAUAACGCACUGCUGAUGAGCUUCUUAUCACAAGAACUCUGCACAGCAGCUGUGCCUGGAUGUAUUUAAUUUUUUAAAGUGUAGACACAUAUUUAUGAGUGUGCAUUUCAUGGCUUCAAAGCAGCCAAUUGACUAUACCUUGUCCUCCUAGAGUAAUAGAAUACUGUUCAGAAGUGAAGUGUACUUCAUGGAUUAUUUACGAGGCCAAUAUAAGGAUGACUGUUUUCUGAUUUGAAAGUGAGCUUGCUUUUGAAAACCAAGUAAUCAAGAGCAAUCAAGCAGCACAUGGUGAUGUAUACUUGCUAGCAAGUGAGUCUGGUGUUUCAUAGGUCAAGUACUUCUGUAUCAGAUUAGCCAGAUGCUUGGCCUGGUGGGACCAGGGCUUCACAGGGGCCACAGAUGUUACAGGUCAGAACAGAAAUAUGUUCUAACAGCACCUGCCUCUGUUCAACUUAAUUCUUAUUUCUGUGUUAUUCAUGUGCAUUUGUGUUUCUACAGAUGAAAGUUGUUCCUAUCACCGACAAUAUGUGCUCUGGUUUGGUGUUUUAUAAGGAAUAUGUGUCGUUUCUAAUUUAAGUUAUUUAAAAAAAUUCAUUGUGUAAAUAUUCUCAAUUCCCAUCUUGACAAUUAUGUAUUUGUGUGGAUUUUUCAUUUUUACAUUAUUCAUAUGCUUCCCAGAGAAGCUAAUUUAGUUAAAUAAUAAGGCAAGUUUUGAAGCCUGCUAAAAAUCUAAGUGACCUAAUCAGAAAACUUAAGGCAGGUUUGCUUGUCUUUUAUUCUUCAGUAUGAAGGACUAUUAAUUCUAUGAUGAAAAGUUACUAAAUGGGCUAAAGAUACAACUAACCCAUUUUGUAUUUGCAUCCCCUUUUACCUCCAAAAUAAAAUGGAAAAUUCUUUUUUUAAAUAACUUCAUCUCCAUUUAUAGCUUUUAUAUUAUUUGUCCUUCUUAUUCAAGAUAAAGAUGUCAUUAAGAGUUGGAUUAUUCCAAGGUCUUUUUCACAAACUGAGCCUCUUAUUAAUUAUUUUGGUGGGACAGGAACUAGGAUAGACUUAGUUCCUGCAUUUUGUACAUUAAAUCUGCCUUUGUUUCUAAAGGUGGAUCAUCUUGAAUAUCUGCUUAAAAUAAGAAUUGCUAUUGAUUCCGUUUCCAGGUUACUUGAAAAAAAUGUUAUUCUGUGCACAUUUAACUGGGAAGUUAGUCUACCAAGUGGCUGCUAACCUAUGUGAGACGUAACUAUUUUGAAGCCAAUUUUGUUGCCUAAUCUUAAAAAAAAAAAAAAAAAAACAAAACUAGGUUAACUUUUUUAGAACGACAUAGGUAAACACUGAAUAAUAGUGUCAAGAUUCCAAAACUGAUGUAUUCAUUUAUGUAAGCAGGAAUUCUAGAAGCAAAUGAAUGAGGAUAAGAAUAAGUCAUUUUCCACUCACCUUCCUUUCUGAAUAAGGGAAAGGAAAAGAACACUAGCUAAGUAAGGGAAGAGGAAGUGAUAUAAAUAGCAGCCUCUAAUUUUAUAUUUUGUCUUUGUUGUGUUUUAUUUUGCUACAUAGGGAAUUGUUUACUCAGAAACAAGUAGAAAAGUGGUAUUUGAGGAAUUUUAUUUAAUUUUUUAAAUAAAAUAGACUGUGGUACAAUCAAUACUAAAGCAGUAUUUCCCUGGAAUUUAAUUCAAAGUUUGUGGUACACAGUUAGAGCCUUUACUUAUUUAAGACAAUAAUAAGUUUACAUCUUGGUGUGUGGCCCUAUUUGUAGAAUGCUGAACCCAAUUUGCAAGUUGUACUGUAUGCAGUUUUGUAAAGUGAAAAUAAUUUGUUGUACUUUUUAUUCAAUUCUGUAUAGAUUACAAACUUAUUUAUUAAAUAAAUAUUUUACAGUAUAUUUUUCCUUUUUAAUCAAAA